ACACACACACACUGGCACACCCAAAUGGUCAGUUCUGAAUUUCAACAUUUCUCAGCUUUUGCACAUUUCCUCUCCUCCUACCUCCUCCAUAUUCAUUCAUCCCCUGGGCUGGGCUGGGUUGGACCUUCUUCUCCAACCACUCACUCGCUACACACACUAAAGUAAAACCUCUCAGAUCUUUCUGAGUGGAAAUGGGUUCUAAUUCUCUUGUACCAUUUCAAGACCUGAAUGUAUGUCCCGAACUACCCGCCACCUCCACCCUUCUUGUCCCCAAAAUUGAACCCAAACUUGAACCCCUUGAUGAACCUCUGCCAUCCCCGCCAGCCUUCAGUCUCUCCACACCGUCCCCAGCCCCGUCCCCCUGCCCCUCUUCCGCUGAUGUUUACUCCGAAUUCAACCGUCUGUCGGAGCUUUUUCGCUCCACGUUGGCUCAAGGCCUCCAGGGAAAUGGUGAUAUGCCAUUUCCACCCGAUUCUGAUCCCGAUUCACGGGCACUAGUCCCUGUCGAUAACCCUGAAGCCCAUCUCUCGAACGUCGUCCUCAUGCCACGUGGCUCCCGGAAAUACCAAGCCCGCUCCUCCGAGCUGGUCCGGGUCAUGGAUCUAAAACCUGAAGAUGAGCGCUAUUUCCGGGACUUAAUUCGGAAAACCCGGAUGCUGUUUGACUCCCUGCGCGUGUAUGCAAUCGCGGUGGACGAGAAGCAGAAGGAUUUGAUGGUUCCCCAUCGGAGACCAAGAGCGGACUUGAAGGCAGCUGCGGUGAUGAGAGAGCAUGGUUUGUGGUUGAAUCGUGAUAAAAGAGUCGUGGGAGACAUCCCGGGUGUUUCGAUAGGGGACGUCUUCUUUUUUAGGAUGGAAUUGUGUGUCAUUGGAUUGCACGGGCAGGCGCAGGCCGGGAUUGAUUAUGUCCCAUCUAGCCAGAGCUCAAAUGGGGAGCCAAUUGCGACGAGCAUUAUUGUUUCUGGAGGUUACGAGGAUGAUGAGGAUGCAGGGGAUGUCAUAGUUUAUACAGGGCAUGGUGGUCAGGACAAGAAUAACAAGCAGGUUGUGCACCAGAAAUUGGAAUGUGGGAAUUUGGCAUUGGAAAGGAGCAUGAAUUAUGGAAUUGAGGUAAGGGUCAUCCGUGGUUUCAAGUAUGAAGGUAGUGUUAGUGGAAAAGUUUAUGUUUAUGAUGGAUUGUAUAGGAUAAUUGAAACAUGGUUUGAUGUGGGGAAGUCGGGGUUUGGGGUGUUUAAGUUUAAGCUUGUUAGGAUAGAAAAUCAGGUGGAAAUGGGCAGUACAAUUAUGAAGUUUGCUGCGAGUUUAAGGACGCGGCCAUUGGAUGCUCGCCCUAGAGGUUAUGUUACACUUGACUUGUCAAGUAAAAAGGAAAAUUUUCCAGUACUUUUCUUCAAUGAUGUUGAUAAGGAUCAUGAUCCUAUUUAUUACGAAUACCUCAUUAAUACUGUUUUCCCACCAUUUGUGUAUCAUUGUGGGAGUACAAGUGGAUGUGAUUGUGUUGGGGGAUGUGUGGAUGAUUGCUUUUGUGCAAAGAAAAAUGGGGGUGAGUUCCCUUAUAACCUGCAAGGGAUUUUGGUGAGGGGCAAACCGCUGAUUUUUGAGUGUGGGCCCCAUUGUCGUUGCCCUCCCUCUUGCCGGAAUCGUGUGGCGCAAAAGGGGGUCAGAAAUCGAUUUGAAGUGUUUAGGUCCACAGAGACUGGUUGGGGUGUGAGGUCCUUGGACUUGAUCCAGGCUGGUUCUUUUAUUUGUGAGUAUGCUGGAGUAGUUCUAACCAGAGAGCAAGUACAGGUAUUCACAAUGAAUGGCGAUAGUUUAAUUUACCCCAGCCGUUUUGCUGAAAGAUGGAGAGAGUGGGGAAAUCUAUCUGAUGUAUUCUGCGACUAUAAAUGCCCGGAAGAUCCAUCAACUCCUCCUUUGGAUUUUGCCAUGGAUGUUUCAAGAAUGAGGAAUGUAGCUUGCUACAUGAGCCAUAGUUCAAGUCCGAAUGUCCUGGUGCAGCUUGUGUUGUAUGAUCACAAUAAUGUAUCUUUCCCUCACCUCAUGCUGUUUGCUAUGGAAAAUAUCCCUCCCAUGAGAGAGCUUAGCCUUGACUAUGGGGUGGCUGAUGAAUAUAUGGGAAAACUUGCUAUCUGCAACUAGUUCAUCUCAUUGAGUUGGCUGAAUUGUCAACUUGCUGGCUAGCUUUCUGGACGAUCUUUGCUAAGGUUUCCUUCUGCAGAUGUGAAGCUGACAGCUGUGGACGACAGUAGCAGCACAUAAACCAGAGGCUGCUUGGCAUGUUAAACCAAAGGCUCCUUCAAAUUUUGUCACGUGCUCGAUUUCAGAUGAAUCUGGAGCUUGCCUGUUUCUUUAUCUUGACAUGUUUUGGUUCUGCUUUUGUGACACCAUUAUGCAAAUAGUGAUGGAAAUGCAAUUAUGCAGCUGAGCAUGUGCUGGGUGGAAUCAUUAAACAUAUGCCAGAAGUAAACGCUGCAUGCCAAUCCCUGCAGGGAGAAGAUUUCAGUAGAUUUUCGCUGACACUAAUCUUGUAUUGCUAGCCUGUAAAUAAGAAACAGCAGUCUGUAUGUAUUUGUACAGGAACAGGUUUCUGGCUAAUGUGAAAUUUCCACGUCUAACUUGUAUUCUUUGCAUGAGCUGCACAAGGCGAAGUUCUACUGCAAGAAAGCUGAGGUUAGAUUAUGCAUUGUUCAAUCUCAUAACUGUAGCAGCAUGCAUUGUUAUUUGGUUCUACUGGAUAAGAUUCAUAAGAACCUAUGUGGAAUAAGUGUUAGUGAUGAGUUGAGUGUUAAAAAGUUGUUGAGCAGAAGCAUA